AUGGCUGAGGAUACCUAUCAACAGGUGCAGUCUCACUAUGGGGAUAUUGCCAAACGCAGUCGCGUCACAUUCCAUGACAAGGAGGACGAAAUCGCAUUGGCGUUUGGGUACAACGCGACGGAUCUACGUGCUCUUCCAGACAAAGCAAACCUAGGAUUGAGUUGUGGCAAUCCUGUGGCAUAUGCAAAUAUCAAGCAGGGAGAGACGAUUGUCGACCUCGGAAGUGGAGGCGGCAUCGACGUUCUCGCGGCUCGCAAGGUGGGACCAGAAGGAAAUGCCAUUGGAAUUGACAUGACGAGGGAUAUGGUUGAUCUCGCGAAAACAAACGCCGAAGCGGCUGGCCUGCCCAAUACGCGGUUUAUUGAGGCGUCUAUCACGUCGAUCCCGCUUCCGGAUGCCAGCGUUGACUGUAUUAUCAGCAACUGUGUCAUUAAUCUUAUCCCAUUAAAGGAUAAACCCUCUGUGUUCCAGGAAAUUGCUCGCUUGCUGAAGCCGGGCGGAAGAAUUGCUAUCAGCGACAUCCUGGCAAGAAAGGAGCUCCCACCGAAAAUCGUUAACGAUAUCGCUCUCCAUGUAGGGUGCAUUGCAGGGGCCAGCCAGGUUGUGGAUAAAGCAGACCUCAAUCUCUAUAAACAGUCCUCCUAUCUGGGUCAGAGUAGUUGCUGUGGCCCCGCCGAGUCCCGCAAAGAGUGGCCAACUGAGUUUGCUGAGCUGGACUUCAAUGAAUGGGUUGGUAAGUUUCCUUUGAGCCAGUACUGGUAA